UUCCUCUUCCUAAUCUUUAUUUUAUUUUAAUCAUAUUUGUCUGAAUGACUUUGUUUUUCAUACUGGGUUUUAUUUGAAACACAUAUAGUUAUUGUAAUCAUAUAAAGACACUGAACUGAUAUCUUCUUCUUUUUUUAAUUUUGUCUUUAUAACGGUAGAACUUCACGAGGUUGUGUCAGAUUUUCUUUUCAAAACCAAAUCCAAACCUUUAUCCCUAUUUAUUUUAAAGCUCAUGCUUUUUUGUUACUGUUCCAAAGCUUUUCACACUUUCCUUCUUUACUUUUCCUUAGUAUUUGAAAGCAAUGGGGAAGACUACAAGGUGGCUCAAGUCAGUUUUAGGCAUGAAAAAGGAAAAAGAAAAAACCCCCAUUCAGCAUUCAGUUUUAUACGACAAGAAUGACAAGAAAAGGUGGAGUUUUGCCAAGUCCGGGAAAGAUGUCGACGCAAAUUCUCAAACCCCAUCGGCCGUUACUGAUGCCGCUUGGCUUAGGUCCUACUUUGCCGAAACCGAGAAAGUGCAGAACAAACAUGCCGUUGCUGUGGCUGCUGCUACAGCAGCUGCAGCCGAUGCAGCUAUGGCAGCAGCACAAGCUGCCGUCGCAGUCGUCAGGCUGACCAGCAAUGCUAGAGCUUCUUUCUUGGCUGGAGGGAAGGAGAAGUGGGCAGCUGUUAAAAUUCAAGCCGCCUUUAGAGGUUACUUGUCACGGAAAGCACUUAGAGCAUUGAAAGGACUGGUGAGGUUGCAAGCUCUUGUUAGAGGUUAUCUUGUGAGGAAGAGGGCUGCCGCAACUCUCCACAGUAUGCAAGCUCUUAUCCGAGCCCAAUCCACAGUCCGAUCUCAACGGAUGCGCCGCUCCUUCAAUAAGGAGAAUCGCUACCAUUCGGAAAACCAGCCUCGGAAAUCGAUUGAAAGAUUUGAUGAAUGGAGGAGUGAAAUCAAUGCGUAUGAUGACAACCCGAAAAUAGUUGAAAUCGACACGUUGAAGACAAGAUCAAGGUCUCAUCGGUUCAACACCGCGUUAUCCGAAUGCGGGGAUGACUUGCCUUAUCAAACAAUCUCAUCACCUCUUCCACGUCUGGUUCCGCCCCGAACAUCGUUACCCCAUUACCAAAAUCUGAAUGAUUUCGAAUGGUGCUUCAGUGGCGGUGACGAAUGUAGGUUUGCUACCGCUCACAAUACUCCUCGUUUUGGCAAUGCAGGUCGGUCCAAUGCUCCUACGACACCGACUCAGAGUGUGUGCGGGGACGGAUAUUUUAGGCCAUAUUCCAACUUCCCCAACUAUAUGACCAACACACAAUCGUUUAAGGCGAAAUUACGAUCUUACAGUGCCCCAAAGCAAAGACCAGAAUCAGGAGGUGCAAAGAAGAGGCUUUCGCUCAAUGAAAUCAUGGCUGCUAGAAACAGCAUAAGUGGAGUUAGAAUGAACAAAUCAUAUUACCAAAUUCAUCAUCAAUUUUGAAUAGGAAACAAAAAAAGAUGUGUUUUUUUUUCCUGCUUUGUUAUUACAACUUAUUGUUUCUGUAUAU